AUGGCUUGGUCCGAAGCAGAGGUUGUCUGCAGAAACCACCCGAACCAAAACCCGCAACCGGGGGUCUGCCCAUCUUGUCUGAGGGAGAGGCUGUCGAGAAUAACUAGUAAUAACUGUCCCUCUUCUCCUUCUUUCUCUUCUUCGCCGGCGUAUGGCUACUACUCCUCCGCUUCCUCUUCCGGCUGCUCUUCGCCGGCCGAGGGACGGCGCCGCGGCUACCACCAGCGGGUUGCAUCUGAUGUGUUGGAUUCGAUUUACUUCGCCAUGGGUGGGAGCAGUAGUGGGCUGAAGAAGAGCAGAUCUAUGGCGUUUGCUCCGAGGAGUAUGGGCGGGAGAGAUGGCGUGAGCGCGAAGAAGAAAGGAGGGUUUUGGAAUCGGCUGCUGCUUCGCUCCGGCGGCAAGAAAUCUAAGUUCUGA